AUGACGGAGAACGAUGAUACCACCAUCUGGACCGCCGAAGCCACCUGGGCCAGGGCACAUCCAGAAUUCAACGCGUUUGGGAAAUCAAUCAAUGAUGUGGCUGUUAUCUUCCUGCCUAAGGAUGCUCCUUUGAGCAUGCGAUCACCUGCAGACCUUCUGCAAUGGACCCAGGUGAAGGUUAUUCCCAAUAACGUAUGCGAGCAGUUCUUCGACACUGGCAACGUUGUUGAAAGUACACUGUGUGCCAUUGGAGAGCACACGGGUGGCUGCUCUGGCGACAGCGGUAGUGCACUUGUUAUCAAAACGAAAGACGGUUUCAAGCAGAUCGGCGUGGUCAGCUUUGGGUCCGAGGACUGCGACACAGCUAAACCCUCCGCUUACGCCAGAAUCCCUGAUGCAGACGUCGCAGUGUCUGAUGCAUCUGAGGAGCAAAAGCAGCAGGAGAUACAAGUGUCUGGGGGGGCCGCAGCGGCCGCAGCUGUGCUCCAAGUCAGGCGCUCCUCUGACAGCCUCAGGCAGGCCGUAGUUGACUUCGUAAAGGCUCACCUGCUCCACGUGAUGGGAGGGACUCUGCACAGCCAGCGUGAAGAUCAGGCGGAAGUGAGCCGCCUGCUGUCUAAUCCGUCAGCAAAAACCAGACCCUUAGCAAUACUGCCCCCUGGCCUCCACGUGGACACACUUUGCCAUGCAUUGUCCCUGUGUGCAGCUCGCCAGCUACUGCCGACAGCCGGACGACCCCCACCACUCAGCCGCUCAGCGACCACACCUGGAGUCCCGACGCAGCCGCACCGACCCCCACCUGACAGCGUUGACAUCGCUCUCCUGCGGACAUUAUCUGAAGAGGAGAAGGGCAGGAGGCUGAUCCAGGCAGCUGAGCAGGGGUCAUUGGAAGAGCUGCAGGCACUGCUGGCGGCCGGAGUGAACGUGGGGGCGAGUGACAUGAACGAGUGGACCCCCCUGCAUUGGGCAGGUAUCAAGGGAUACGAGGAGAUGGCGAGGCGCCUGCGGGCGGCAGGUGCGGACGUGGGGACGAGGGACAAGUUCCAGCAGACGCCGCUGCACUUGGCUGCGUGGGGCGGCAGCCCGGCUGUCGUCAGGCUGCUGGCGGCGUCCUCCGCCGACCCCGACGCCAGGGAUGUGGACGGGUGGACGCCGUUGCACUCUGCAGCGUUCAAUGACGAGACGGAAGCGGCGACGGCGCUGCUGGAGGCAGGGGCCGACAGGGGGGCCGUAGAUAACAACGGGAAAACCCCACUGGACAUCGCCAGACAGUACAACCAGCAGCACGUGAUAGACGUGCUGUGA